AUGCAGAUCCCUUACGGAGCGAUUAUCGCACUCUCCAUCCUUCUCUGCGUGUACCUCAACGACCGCUUCGAAAACAGGCAUUGCGUCUUCAUCGUGAUCUUCCUCCUCCUGAACAUUGCAGGAGCCUUCGGGCUACACUUCGUGCCACCGCAUGUCAAAGUCGGCCGCUUGAUUUGCUACAACUUGACCGGGCCAUACAAUGCUGCCUUCGUGCUGAUUCUCAGUAUGCAAAUCGCAAACACUGCCGAAGGCCGGUACAUUGAUGAAGAUGGCAUAGUGCAUCCGCCACGAUAUGAUACUGACACAUUCCGAUGUCUCUAUGGUGUUGAGCCAAAUAUAGCGGAGAUCAUCAACUACACUCCAACUAUUCAAGUUCUGGAGCAACACGCUACCGAAGCCUCCGACCGCCUUGAAGCUACUGAAGUAUUGAAAGCACGGUUUGACACGUUUCUACGUGCCUUGAAAGAAGCCGGUUACCCCGGAAACUACCUCAAUUUGAUGUCUCCCGAGUAUCAUCAGUUCAAGGAACGCAGAUCAGCAUACAGAGAAUACUGGAACGCGACCUAG